CUUUUGGAAACCUUUCAAAAUAAUUAAGUAUUGUCUCUUCUUUUAAGUUAGUAAUACUGCAUUUUACAAUGGAGCCUUUGGCUUCUAGUAUUGAUGAGGAUAAUAUUGAUCCACAAGAGUUAAUAUUAGAAACAUGUGAUGAAAACACACUUCUAGAUGGAGUUGAAUCCAUAAAAACAGAAAGUGUUCCGCCUUUUAGUUUUGAAGAAAAUUUAAACAUAGGCCUACAACAGAAAUCAGAAGUGGACUUAAAUACUAUUUUAGGAUUUGAGAGUGAGGAGUAUAGUGAAAGCAAACAUGGUUCAGAAGUUGUUUGUCCACUAGGUGAAUCUUAUAUCCCUUUAGCACCUGAAUUGAUUGAAGAAAAGAAAAAGCUAUUAGGAGUUAUCAGAUUGUAUUGGCCAGUCUCUCCUGAUAUAAGUUUGAAAAACUUUCCUGAGAAUUACACACUUAACAGCAGCAAGGAGAAAGUUUUGUUGCUGUACGCAGAAAAUUUUAGGAAACAGUACCAUGCAAACUUCCCAACCAAAAAACCACUUCUACUAGCAGCUGAAAAUGAAUGUGGUGUUCAGAAAAUGGUUUCAACUACCAUCCGUCCUACAAAGCUCUGUUACCCCGAGAUGCACACUUGGCAAGGGUGUGCGAGUUUUGUUUCUGAUCAUAUAGUUUACGAACCUCUCCAAUGUCCACAUCUUAUGCCAGAUCAAGUGGUCUCAGGGAGGAUGGUGCUGGAGAGACAGAGUGGCCACUGUUUUGAGAUGAGUAUGUUGCUGGCCAGUUACCUCAUAGCAGCUGGGUAUGAUGCCUAUGUUGCAUCUGGGUAUGCUACCAAGGACUACUGCCAGAAUGAUCUCACUCGCACCACCUGCCAUGACAUACCAGACAUAUCUGAGAAAGCAAAGCCACCAGAAGCACCGGUGGAAUGCAAGUAUGCAGUCAGGGAGCCAAGGGAUCUACGAAGCAAGUUCAUCUUGAUGAUGGAACAAAGAGAGAGGGAUAAAGAGGAACAGGAGAGACUUCGACUGGAGGAAGAGGAAAGGAGGAGAAUUCAGGAGCUGGAGAAGCCCCCUCAUGACCCACUCUACUGGUGGGGUAUCCAUGGCUGGGUGGUGGUGUUGCCAGGCAAGAGAGAGGUCCAGGACGUAUUGUUUAUACACCCAGGGUCCGGGGUGUCCUCUGGACCUCAGGACAACCACUAUCUGGGCAUAGAGAGUCUCUGGAACCACCGCAACUACUGGGUCAACAUCCAGAACUGUAACUCCUGUCAGGAGUUGAAGUUUGACCUGGAGGACGUCAGCUGUUGGGAGCAUCUGUUGGCUGGAGAGCCUUGGGAAUGUCAGGAGGUGGCCAAGGAGAUUGACUUGGACGAACGGGAGACUAUUCUGUUGGAGAAACAUCUGGAUAUACCUCCAUCAUGGGUACAGCGGCUAGAUAUCCCGCACAGUCGUUAUGAGCAACGUUAUCCGUUAGGGCACAAGUGCACUAACUACAAAAAGGCCCGAGUGGAGAAGUUUGCUCCAUACUUGCAUGAAGACGGUUUGGUGUGUCGAGUGACAACUUAUGAGGACUAUGAGUAUAAAGUGCCAAAGGUGGAGUAUGAAAUGUUCAAAAACAGGGAGGAUUGUUUGUAUCGCACUAUACGCUACAUGAACCCUGAGAAAAUCAUAGAUGACUAUGAGAAAGGGAGGGAAGAUGCUUUGAAAAGACAAACAAGGUAUCCAGAAGAUGGAAAACGAGAAAUGGAGUUUUAUCACCAAGUGCGCUACGAUAGCUUGCGUCGGUUGGAGCUGACACCGUUUUAUAUGGAGGAGCAUUUUGAGGACAGGGAUGACCGUUUGUACCACAGACAUGUCUCUUUUGAUGCUAGAACCAAGGUUUUGAAUAAAUGGUCAACCACUGAUGGAAUAAUUAGGAGAACUGUUACUAAAAUAAUUGAAAAUUUCAACAGAAAUUUGGAUAUUAUUGCUGAUAAGGACAUUGCAAGAAGAGAAUUUGAUAUAGUAAAUGAUGAAAUCAACCUCAACUACCAUUAUGCUGAGGGCAAGAUCACAGCGGGCACCAGACACUUUAUCAAACCACCCGUUGUUGAGCAAGGAGACAAGCUUAAAUUUAACAGCAAACUCACCUCAGGAUAUGUGGUGGACACAGCAGCCCCUCCUCACAAGAAGAUGGAAUUGUUCUGGCUGUUGGAGGCCUGUUUGCUGGCAGAACAAGAAGCCUUGAAACAUGUUAGAGACAUGGAAGACGAGAUAUUGCUUAUAAUACGGAAUAUACUAACAGAAACUACGGAACCAAAGUUAAAAAUAUCUAUUUUUGAUGAAGAAAGGAACAGUGCAGCAAAAGAAGGGAUGAAAAGACGGGAGCAGCUUCUAAAGGAGCAGACAGUACGAGAGGUGGAGGCAGAGACAGACUACUUGGCUGUCUACCUAGUGCAGUUUGGUGACAACAGCUGGUAG